CUAAAAUUUACCGCGUUGAGAACUCCGUUGGGGUCUCCUACGGCAUUGCACGAGGUCGCAUUGGCGCUCCGCGUUCCAGCAAAUCUAGGGAAGGUCUUGCCGUUUCUGGGUAGAGCUUGAAUCGGCGAUUUCUUGCAUCUUUCUAGCGGGAUUUCGCUUUUCUUGGAGCCUGUUCUUGCUCUGGCUUGGGGGAAUCUCUGGCGCUCUGGCGCCCAGGCGCUGAUCGAAGAAACCCCGGGGAUUGCGCGGCAUUCUGGUUUUCUUGGUGGAUUUCGAGCUCCGGGCGGCCUUGGGGGGGUGGAUCGAUCGAUCGAUCGCUGCGCGUUAGAGCGUAAUAUCGAUCCACAACGCGGGUAGCAGCAAGCGUGACGGGAGUAGCUAGCUGACUUUUUCCAAAGUGAUCGAAGCAUUUACGCUGUCCGCGGUGCUUUCGUCGCCGAGACCCUAGGGCGGGAUUCAUGCGAGCUCUUCCGGCAUGGCAGCUCGGUCUCUUCUCCAGGCUGCUUAUGGGCCCGCGUCGGCGGUGAUGAGGGAUUGGGAUUGUUACAGAUGGAUCACUAUCUUCGGAGGAUUCGUGGCCGUCGCCUUGGCUUGUGCUGCCGGCGCCAACGACGUGGCGGCAUCGUUUGGCACGUCGAUUGGCUCUGGAGCAUUGUCCAUGACCCAAGCAACGAUGAUGGCUUCGCUGAUGGAGUUCAUUGGCGCCACGGUCAUGGGCGAUCGGAACCUCGAUUCGAUGCAAUUUAAUCUGAUACUAAGAGAGAGGCCACCUGAUGCCGGGCUUUUUAUGUGGGGACUCUUCAUUGCCAUAAUAGCUGCAACUGUGUGCCUGGCAUUUGCAACGUACUUAGAGCUACCAGUUUCUUCCACUCUGGCCGUGAUUGGCGGCAUCAUUGGGAUGGCUUUGACAGCGCGAGGACUACAGGCGAUCUACUGGAACGGAAGACCUGACGGGUAUAAGCUCGCAGGGAAUAUCGGGGGAGUGCUUGAGAUUAUCUUGUCCUGGUUUCUAGCGCCUCUAAUCGCUGCGGUCGCGUCCUUCCUCUUUUUCGGGUUUACAAAGAUGAUCUUUUUGAGGACGGAGCACGCGGGAAAGCGGAUACUCCAGUUCAUGCCGGUGUAUUAUGGCUUGACAGUUAUGGUGCUGAUAUUCUUUGUCAUAUACAAGGGAGCCUCUAGAUCCAGUCUUCAUGACUGGCCUGCGGGGAGGGCAGCUCUUAUUGCAGGGCUAUCUGGCAUUUUGGCUACUUUAUUGGCAUUUGUGAUUGUUGUGCCAUUAGUCCAUAAACAAUUACGCGCUGCUAAUAAGGAUAGCGCUGUAUCUGAGGAGCCUACGCAACCGAUUGCCAUCGCCAUUGCACCGGAAAAGGAAGCUCCGCCUGGGCCUCACGAUCAUUCAACACAACAACAAGAGCAAGACAUGAGUCCGGAGGAGAUGAUAAAGCAAUUCAACCAGCUUAGAGUACUGGACACCGUCUAUGAAGGAGAAGACGAGGGUAACGCAAGCCCGGACGUCUCUGUGAGGUGUAGUCCUAUGUGUGGACCAGGCAAGCUCUCCUUUGGACAACUACUAGCACGAACACCUAACAGGCACAGGACGUUCAAGCGCAUCAGACGUCCGAAAAAACUGACUGCCCGACAGAAGGUGCUGAAGUUCCUUCACAGAAUCAAAUCUGCCACAAUCAGCCACAAAAUAGACUACGAUCGCGACGUAAUUGUUCGCCACGCCCUCGCUGAGAAGUUCGACGACAAAGUCGAAGAGCUAUUCAGCUUUUUGCAAGUCCUUACAGCAUGCGUUGCCUCGUUUGCGCAUGGAUCCAACGAUGUUGCAGCCAUCAUGGGCCCGUAUGCUGCUGUGGUCCAGAUAUUUAAUCACCGGCCUGAUGUUCCAAACCGGGAUAUCGAUGUCUGGAUCCUCGCAAUGGCUGGGAUAGGCGUGUCACUUGGAUUUGCACUGUUUGGAUGGAAACUUUCGCGGUGCCUUGGUGGCCGCCUGACGUUUAUGACGCCGUCCCGGGGUUACAGCGCACAAUUGUGUGCCUUGGCGACGAUUCUCUUCGCGUCAAGGACAGAGCUUCCCAUCUCGACGACACACGUUGUGGUGGGCGCUAUUGUUGGCGUUGGAGCCGCAGAUAACAUCAAGAAUGUCAACUGGAAGCUGGUCAUGGCUUUUGUGAUGGCCUGGAUCGCAACGCUUGUGAGUGCUUGUGGGAUUGCCGCUGCCUUGUACUCGUUUACGGUGUUCUCUCCAGCUUACACUGUGGCCUAAGGCAAGAGUUUUUAAUUUUUUUUCGUUCUCUAGAGGGAAACGAGGUUCUGCUUACGACUGGAACCCGUUGUUUGUACAGUGUUUUCAAGCCAAAUAAUUGUGUGGCUGUUUUUGCGAGAAAAUUAUUUGGAAAGUUUUAAUGGAACGCACUUGAGA